AUGGGAAUCACCUCGUCCGUCUCUGCCCUCCCCUUCCCUUCCCCCCCUCCCCCAGCCGCUGGGUAUCCACAGCCCAGGGCCUGCCGGUUGGCCCUCGGGCAGCUCCUAGGCGCGCAUUGCGCGAAAGGUUGUCGAGGAGAGGACUCUCGCGCCCAUCAGGUCGGCAAUCUGGAUUUUGAAGCCAGAGUACCCGUUCCCUUCAGCAUCUUCCCUUCGUCUUACAAGGACGAUAAGACAGCUGAGGUAGAGACGACCACUCAGACCCAUCAGGAGGUCCAGAUCAACCUCCCUGACAAGAAAGCCGGACGGGAAGGUCAAUACUCUUCCUCGCAGGCCUCUGUUAACCUUCCUCCUCGCCGCGAGCAACGCUACAGCGAAGAAGAGGUCCAUAUCACACGUGAAGAGGAACGUUACCGCCGUCCCGGUGUCCACCGCGAGUACUACGAAGAACACAGACCUGCUAGCAGCUUUGGCGAGACCUACGUCGAAGUUGAUCACCAGCACCGUCCCUCGUACACUGCUAUUGACCAGAUCGAGCGCGAGUACCGCAGCCGAUACCAGCCUACCUACCAGGAGGAAGUUCGCGUAACCGGUUCUACCGUUGACGCCCCCAGCCACCACACUCGUCCCGUCUACGACGAGCAGAUCCGUGUCGAGACUACCGUCGACGCAUCCAAGCCUGGUCCUUCUUACCACAAGGAGACCAAGAUCGUUGAGGAGACCGUAGAGUAUCCUCGCUCCGUUCACUCAGGCGCACAAAAGUCUAGAAUGGGAUAUUACGACGAACAGGGCCACUACCACUCGUUCCGUCACGGUCUUCACAAGAUGGCCGACAAAGUUUUCCACCACGACCACGACCGUGUUGAGGUCAGAGAGGUUCGGGAGCGUUCCCGACCCAUCUCGCAGCCUGCACCUGUCCCCAACACCGUCACCAUCCCUUGCCACCACAUCCGCAUGGGUGAUAUCUUGAUGCUGCAGGGCCGCCCUUGCCAGGUCAUCCGUAUCUCGACCUCUGCUGCCACUGGCCAGCACCGCUACCUCGGUGUCGAUCUGUUCACCAAGCAGCUGCAUGAGGAGUCUUCCUUUGUCUCCAACCCCGCUCCCAGCGUUGUUGUCCAGACCAUGCUUGGUCCCAUCUUCAAGCAGUACCGUGUCCUGGAUAUCCAGGACGGUACCGUUGUUGCCAUGACCGAGACUGGUGAUGUCAAGACUGGUGUCCCCGUGACCGACCAGUCUGGUCUCUGGAGCCGUCUGUCCAAGGCUUUCGAGUCUGGUCGUGGCAGCGUCCGUGUGCUUGUUCUCAACGACGGUGGCCGUGAGCUUGUUGUUGACGUCAAGACCAUCCACGCCUCCAACCUGUAA